UUCCAAGGACCUCCCCACAUUUCCGUUGACAGUUCCCGAUGUUUAUAAACAUGACUCUAGACUGAGAGUCAAACUCACCAAGUCCAAAGAGCAGGCUGGCCUCAAUAGUCUGGUUCAAGAUGGGAAUCGAUCACAUCUUUUGGUCUUUCAUCCUUUGAGGACGCUCAACUGCGGCUCUGUGACACAGCGCACUGGAUCACAUGCAGACGUGGUACCACCAAGGACAGUGGCGGAUUAAUCGAUAAGUAAUAGUUUUUGCAUUGCAAAUAUGACUACGUUUAUUGGCUCUCUGUUUAUUUUUAUGGAUGUCCUAUUAUAUGCAAAAUUGAACUAUUGCAUCGAAAUAGAUUUUUGCGUACCUGUUCGAUUAGACCAUAAACAUUUAGAAAGACAUACUAUUCGCCAGACGGAGGAGAGAAAGAAUGACCAACUAGUUGUUUUUAAAAUAACGGCAUUCAGUCAAGAAUUUUAUCUCAACCUUUUACCGGAUUCUACAUUUAUUUCGCCCAACAUCCCUCCUCACAGCGGCUCCUUAGCAUCAAAUUCCUCUGCAGCCACAGACCUGAGCCACUGCUUCUACUCUGGCGAUGUCAAUGCAGACCAGGAAUCGUAUGCUGCACUGAGCCUCUGCAAAGGCUUACAAGGCGCCUUUUCUUACCAGGGCAUGGAAUAUUUCAUUAAUCAGCUUUCGAACGAGAGGGCGAGAAGAACCCACGUCAUACGCCGCCGGGGACGCGACCGGGACUCCAGCGGCAAUUCCACCACGAACAGGUGUGGAGUAGGACCUGGUUUGACCCAAAGCAUUUCAGGCUCUUUUGAGAAAUAUAAACACAUGAAAGGACUGGAGAUGGACAGCCUGACUGAAACUGUAUUGAAGAGCUUGGGUAGAUCAAAAAGGUUUGCCUCCAUCCCUAGGUUUGUGGAGGUUCUUGUCGUGGCUGAUGAGUCUAUGGCCAAAUUUCACGGGGAUGACUUGAAACAUUACCUGUUGACCCUGAUGUCUGUUGCUGCGAAGCUGUACAAGCACCCCAGCAUCAUGAACUACAUAAACAUAGUGGUAGUGGGCUUCAUGGUGAUCAACGAAGCAGAGAAAGGACCCAAGGUUUCCACCAAUGCUGCCCUCACUCUACGCAGUUUCUGUUCUUGGCAGAAACAUUUAAACAAAUACAAUGAUAAGCACCCUGAAUAUUGGGACACUGCAGUCCUAUUCACCAAACAGGACUUGUGUGGAGCCACAACCUGUGACACCUUAGGCAUGGCAGAUGUGGGAACUAUGUGUGAUCCCAAGAGAAGCUGCUCUGUCAUCGAGGAUGACGGUCUCCCUUCAGCCUUCACCACUGCUCACGAACUGGGCCAUGUCUUCAACAUGCCCCAUGACAAUGUGAACGCCUGCAAGGAGGUGUUUGGGAAGCUCAAGGACAACCACAUGAUGUCCCCCACGCUGAUCCAGAUUGACCGUGCCAACCCCUGGUCUGUGUGCAGUGCAGCCAUCAUUACAGACUUCCUGGACAGAGGCCACGGGGACUGUCUUCUGGAUCAGCCCCAAAAACUGCUGGCUCUGCCUGAGAGCCUCCCAGGCACCAACUACAGCCUCCACCGCCAGUGUGAGCUGGCCUUCGGUACGGGCUCCAAGCCCUGUCCCUACAUGCAGCACUGCUCCAAGCUGUGGUGCACGGGCAAGGCCAGAGGCCAGCUGGUCUGCCAGACACGUCAUUUCCCCUGGGCCGAUGGCACCAGCUGUGGCAACAGUAAGCUCUGCUUCCGAGGGGUGUGCACCGACAAGAACAAUACCAAUAAGACCAAGGUGGACGGUGGAUGGGGGACGUGGGGUGUGUAUGGGUCAUGUUCCAGAACCUGUGGGGGAGGAGUUCAGCUGGCCAAAAGAGACUGUAACAACCCUGUUCCAGAAUAUGGGGGGAAAUACUGCCAAGGACUCCGUGUGAAGCAUCGCUCCUGCAAUUUGGACGCCUGCCCAGAACCAGAUGUGUACUCGUAUGGAUCCACGUUACUAAUAAGCAUACAAUCCAUAGGCAAAAGCUUCCGCGAGGAGCAGUGUGAGGCGUUCAACGGAUUCAGCCUCAACACCAACAGGCUCUCAGCGUCUGUGGUGUGGGUCCCGAAAUAUUCUGGAGUGUCACCCAAGGACAAGUGCAAGCUCAUCUGCAGAGCCAAUGGAACAGGCUACUUCUAUGUCCUUGCUCCAAAGGUUGUUGAUGGAACACCCUGUUCUCCUGACACCUCUGCAGUGUGUGUCCAAGGGAAAUGUAUCAAGGCGGGCUGUGACGGCAAGCUCAGCUCCAAUAAGAGGUAUGACAAGUGUGGUGUGUGUGGAGGGGACAACCAAAGAUGCAAGAAAGUGUCCGGAUUGUUCACCAAACCCAUACAUGGCUACAACUUUGUGGUGAUGUUGCCUGUGGGAGCGUCCAACAUCGACAUCCGGCAGCGUGGCUACAGAGGCUUGGUUAACGACGACAACUACCUAGCGGUGAAGAACCGACAUGGCAAAUACCUUCUGAAUGGGAACUACGUGGUGUCAGCGGUGGAGCGGGACAUCAUUGUGAAGGGCAGCCUGCUGCGCUACAGCGGCACCACUAGUGCUGUGGAGAUCCUCCAGGCCACCAGGCCUCUCCAGGAAGCCCUGACCGUAGAGGUCCUCUCGGUGGGGAAGAUGACCCCUCCCCGGGUCCGCUAUUCAUUCUUCCUGGCCCGGGAGCACCAUAAGGAGGAGAACAUCCUGAAGAAAAUGGAGAGGAGCCAUUCGCAGAACAGCGUCCUGAUGGACCGCAACAAGGUGAAGCUAAAGGAGUCGUCGCACAAGUCCAUGCCCCCGAACAUGUGGUCGACGGGGGCAUGGGAAGAGUGCACCGUGACCUGUGGGAACGGGCUCCAGAGUAGACUGGUUCAGUGUACAGACCCAGAGGGCAAAACAGCCACGGACUGUGACAGCUUACAGAGGCCGGCUGCCACCAGGGUAUGUGGGGACCCCUGUCCCAUGUGGGACAUAGGCCAGUGGUCGUCGUGCUCCAAGACAUGUGGGAGGGGCUUCAAGCGGCGGCCGCUGCGUUGCACCACUCAGACUGGCAUGCACCUACCCAGAGAGCACUGCUCUGGCAUGAAGAAGCCACAGGAACUAGAUUUCUGCACAGCGCAGCUGUGUUAGAGAAGUUCUAUGUCUGCUGAUUCUUUGUGUUGUUCCAGUGAUGCUCUUGAAAAGAAAACCCAUUCGCUGUCCUAUUGGGCUCUGACAAACUCCCGUAGUGCAUGGCAUUGUUGGUAUUUGAAACAGCGAAGGGAAAGAAAGUGGUAGAGAUACAAAAUGUGGGACCAUUUCAGUUGAGUUGGAGUUACUGGCAGUGCCUGAAUACUCGUACUUGUGUCCUAAGUAGUAGGGUUUUUGAGUAUGCGAAAAAUAUAAUGUUUUAUUGUAUGGGAAAUUUCUAAUAUUGAGUGUUUUUAAUGCCAGGACUUCUUUUGGCUUUUAAUCUAAUAUUAGUUCGCUGUACACUAUUGAGGAAGAUGAUCGUGUUUAUUAGAUCCACGUGAGUUUGACAACAGCUGAUAAACAGAAAAGGGGAGGGGCUGUACCAAAAUGAACUAAAGGCAGGGAACAACCCCGCCUACUCAUUAGAUGAUACCCUCUCAGUAUGGAUGAGCCUAGUAUGUUGAUAUCUGUUGGUUACUGCAAAUAUUUUUAACAAACAGUGUGUUCUGAACCAUAUGUGGUAAGGUUAAUACAUCGUUUAUUCUUUUAGUUCUUUUAGUAGGCAAGAACGAUGUUGGACACAGCCACAGCCAUUCUACCUCUAGUGAGACAAAGAGUAAAACACAAAUGCACACACAGCACUGGUCUAGGUAUGGUCUACAUACAGGAGGUCUAUAGACUUGCUGUAUUUGACACCAGACACUCAAUCACCUUCAAAUCAGCAACUGGAUUAUGGAGCAGUAUGUUAGCUAUCUUUGAUUUAUUGACAUCUGAAACAUCUGAAACAUCUGAAACACCUGAAACAGAGAACAUCUUUCAUCUGUGAUUCACCAUCCCCAUCUUUUCCUGUAAUAAUCUUAUUGAAAUGUGAAAUGCAGUACUGUAUCUGCAAAAUAUAAGACCUGUUUGGUCCAUGCACUAGUUUCAAAUGAUAUUUUUGUAUUUACAAUGGAAUUUUAUUAACAUUGUAAAUUGUUCAUCUAUUUAGGUACAUUGACAUAAAUUAAAUAUCAUUUUAAAUUAAAAAAAAAUACAAUUGUAAUCUGAACUAUUUGCUAAAGUCUUGUUAAAACCCUACAAUAUACCUUUGUCAGUUUCCAUGAUUAAACAGUUGAUAGUAAUAUUUCUCAUAUGAUAAUUAAACAUUGUUAAUGAAAUAUCCUAUACACUUGAAAAGAUGAUCAGCAAAUGGCAAUUAUAAAAGCAAUUAUGAAUCGGAUUUGAAUCCAUCCAGUGAUGCAAUAAAGCAGUGCAAAUUUGGACAAACUAUUCAACAUUUUAAGAGAAAGAAACAAUAUGUGUAUAUAUAGACAUAGAGAAUCAAACGCACUGUAUGUACUAUAUAACUAAUGAUUUGUUUCAAGAAAUAAUGUACUUAUAUUGUGCAAUGCAUCAUUUUCCUCUUAACGUUGUGUCUUGAACAGUGCAAAUUUCACAACGCUCAAAUUGCAGUCAUGUUUCGCCAAAGAAAUGAGGAUACUGAAUAUGAGGAAAGCCUUUGUACUGCAAGAGACACAUCUCAGAUUCACUACGUGAACUUGACAUAGCAUAGCUUUCUUACCUCUUGCAGUAGAGUGGAUGCUGAUAUUCUUCCUUGUCCCCCUUUUGCAUGAUGGUCAUUUGAGAAUUUGAGUUUCAAGUAAAUACUAUUAGUUGCAGUGUGUUCAGUUCAGCUAUUUCAAUGCACUGCUGGUAAAUUAUCAUAGGAACUUUACAAGACCAUGUCACAUCAUCAGCCAUGCAAUUUCUGAAACUUUGUCCUCUCUACUGACUUUUCUAAUAAAGCCUGUGUUACAUUGUUAUGUAAUAAUUGUUUUAUUACAAUGCAUAAGAAAGUGACAAAAGGCUUUUUGUUUUGCUCUAUAUUUCAUUUAGACCCACUGUCAAUGAAAAGGUACUUUCCUAGCACAGAAUCCACUCCCAUGAUACCAUUCUGUUGUUUAUUUUGUCUUGGUUCGGAGGAACCACAUCUUCCAUCUAAAAGAUGGUUCCGGUAUUCUUUGGAAUUGGAAUUGUUUCAUUUUCUUUUGCAUUAUGUACAGCAAAAGACUUGCUCUUUCAUCCGCUGCAUUUGUAUACUAUGUAUACAUUCAUCUGUGCACAAAUAAAUAACACGUGAAUAUUG